UGUUGUGGCGUACGUAUAAUAUCUCGUGAGUAUCCCGAAUUCAGCACCUGUCGAAUGGGAAUGUGCGUGUAAAUAUUUCGUUUAGUUAACGUGCACGCUCCAAACAAGAGUUUGCUCGUUGGACUCUAGAACCCACCAGAUGAACCAUCAAUGAGUUAAUACACGAUUUGAGAUAACGAGAAAUGGGAAAAGUUGUCAAGAUGUUGGUGCCUCCGUAUUUUUCGAGUGUCCAGACUGACAUGUUGUAUCAGAUAAACAAAUACUAUGCUGAGAAAGUACAGACAAGAACUGCCCAAGUGCAGAAGACGAUCCGUGAUGUUUGCAAAGUAGUGCACGAAAUCCUAAAAGAAGUGGAAGUUCAGGAGCCUCGAUUUAUCUCAUCAUUAACAGAGUGCAAUGGCAGAUAUGAAGGCUUAGAGGUCAUUUCACCUGGUGAAUUUGAGGUGGUCCUUUAUUUGAACCAAAUGGGUGUUUUUAACUUUGUUGAUGAUGGCACCCUACCGGGUUGCGCGGUGCUCAAGCUGAGCGACGGACGCAAACGUUCCAUGUCCUUGUGGGUGGAAUUUAUCACUGCAUCCGGUUAUCUUUCAGCUCGUAAGAUCCGCUCGAGGUUUCAAACUCUUGUAGCUCAAGCUUGUGACAAAUGUGUGUACAGAGAUUCAGUCAAAAUGAUAGCAGACACAACAGAAGUAAAGCUUAGGAUUCAAGAGAGAUUUGUUGUUCAGAUUACACCCGCCUUCAAAUGUGGUGGUAUCUGGCCGAGGUCUGCAGCUAACUGGCCAAUUCCUUGUGGUCCUUGGCCUUAUCAAAAUCUUGUAGCUGAAGUUAAAACUGAAGGCUUUAAUUUGCUAUCAAAGGAGAGCGCUAUUUUUCAAGGCAAACAGUCAGCGAUGGAGGGAGAUGCUUGGAUUUUGUCUUUUCUAGAAGCUGAGAGCAGAUUACUUCAAGGUGGAUGUCGCAAAAAAUGUCUAGGUAUUUUGAAAACCCUAAGAGAUCGACAUCUUGACUUGCCGGGAAAUCCAAUUACCAGCUAUCACAUGAAGACGUUGCUGCUAUAUGAAUGUGAAAAGCAUCCUUUAGAGACUGAAUGGGAUGAUGUUUGUCUAGCCAACCGUAUGAUCGGUAUUUUUUUACAACUUAUAUCCUGUCUUCAGUGUCGCAGAUGUCCUCACUACUUCCUUCCCAAUCUUGAUCUUUUUAAAGAAAAGUCUCGCAACAGUCUUGAAGUUGCAGCUAAACAAGUCUGGCGGUUGACACGAGAGCUACUUACUAAUAGCCAUGCUCUUGAAAAACUUUAAAUCACUAAUAUUGUAUUAAAAAACUUAUUUGCUAUAAAUAUCUCAUUAUUUACAUCUUGCUUAUGCCAAAUUAAAAUUUAUUUUUAUCAUUAUUAUAUAAGUAAUAAUAUUUUCGCAAACU